CCAUAGAUAAUAUGUUGACCAUCUAUAUAAAGGAAGACCGAGCCGGACCACUCUAGGGUAAUCAAAGACUCCACACACGAGACAAUAUGAAGAUCGCCAUUUUCCUUGUCUGCUUGCUCCCGCUGGUAUUCAGCGCCCCGUCUGAACAUGAUAAGAGGUGGCUCAUUAAUCUCAACUCAGUCAUUGACCAAAUCAAGCACCUCGUUACCCCAGACAUGGAGCAAAGCGCCUGCGAGGCCGCCUGUAAGGCAGCUGUUGCUGGUCUGGGAUCACUCGUCUGUCCUACAGCCUGUUCAACCCUCAUCUCUAGUCUGAAUGGUUAAAUAAAAGAAUGGAGAAAAGCU